GUUACACUUUCAUACCUUCAUGCAGUAGGAAAUGGAGGACGCACCUGUCUGAGUAAACAAAGCAACAUUAUCGAUACUUUACUUGGACUUUAAUAGCCUAUAUAUUUUCGUCAUUUUAAUGUUAGAUAUUUUUACAGCGCCUAUGUUGUGAAGAUUUUGUGACAGCAUGCCGCAGGGUCUAAUCUUUACCCUCUUCUGGUUAACAGGCUUCACCACAGCCAUCAAUGUGAUCUGUCCAAACCCACGUUAUGUGGUCAUAUUAUUCCAGCCGGCCACACUCCGCUGUGAUUUCACCACCACGUCUACAACCCCACCACUGAUCAUCUGGAAAUACAAGUCUUACUGUAGAGACCCGAUCCAAGCUGCGUUGAACCCCAGCAGUGCUGACAAUGCAAUUGCUCAAUCCAACCCAAACUACAACCCCAACAUAGAGUGUGCGGACAGCCUCAGGACCGUACGCAUAGUGGCUUCAAAACAGACGGCAGUCACUCUUGGCAAGGAAUACCAGGGCCGCCAGAUCAGCAUCACUAAUAAUGCAGACCUUAAUUUUGCUCAGACUGCAUGGGGUGACAGUGGCGUAUACGUCUGUACCGUUGCCUCAGCCCAGGAUCUGUCAGGAAACGGAGAGUGUUUCACAGAGUUUAUUGUGCUUGACUGGUUGCUAGUGGUGUUGGUGGUCCUGGGUUUUCUGUUGCUGUUGCUCCUGUUUGGGAUCUGCUGGUGUCAGUGUUGUCCUCACACCUGCUGCUGUUACGUCAGGUGCCCCUGCUGCCCGGAGCGCUGCUGCUGUCCCCGUGCCUUAUAUGAGGCUGGUAAAAUGGUAAAGUCGGGCGUGCAAAGUCAGUAUGCACCCACUCUCUACGCACCAAGCAUGUAUGGCCAACCAGCCUAUGGAGUGGGUGGAGCUGCGCCAGGCAUACCCAUGCUGCCUAUGCCAGCAGGCUUCGCUGGCACUCCUUCCAAUGGCUACGGUAGAGACUAUGAUGGGGCCAGCUCUGUUGGUCAGGGAUCUCAGGUACCAUUGCUGCAAGACCAUGACAAUGCAGGAAACCGUAGUGGGUACCGUGUCCAGGCCGACCAAGAUGGACACCCAAAUCGGGUGCUUAACUACAUGGAGAGAGAACUGGCCAAUCUCGACCCCAGUCGCCCAGUAAAUGCUGGCGGCAAAUACAGCCAUUUGGAUGGAAUGAGUGAGGUAAGCUCACUGCACGAUGGUCCAGACUCUCGAAAUCGAGGUCGCUCUAGACCCCCUCAGCUCACCACGGUGUACGAUGAUGUGGACGAGAACAUGAGCACCAUCAGCAGCGUUUCUCAGCACAUGCGACGGGACGAGCCCAGGCGUGGCCCUGACUAUCGAGGGCGUGCCCGAUCUAUGGAGAACUUGGAUGAUAUUGGCCGCAAUUACAGAGACAGGGAUGACUAUCCACCUGCCCGCCGAGAUGGUGGGCAUAGGGGUGGCGGGAGAGGUUCGGAUGACGAAUGGAGCAGCAGUGCACGAGGAUAUGGUCGUGACUUCGAUGACCGGCACCACCGUGACUACACCCCUAGUCCCCGUCGUGGGGAUUCUUUCCGUGGGGUUGGCUUCCAGGGUCGCCGUGCCCUCAGUCGCGAUGACCUAAUGCAUCUGGAAAUUGAACGUGGCCACGGGGGCCGGGACGCAUACGAUGACAGCUUCCUGCGGGAGGCCAUGGAAAAGAAGAAGCUGGGUGAGCAGCAGAGGUCCCGCAGUAGAGAGCGAUUGGACAGCGAGAGCGACCGUUCUGACCGCUAUAGAGGGGCGCAGAGAGGACAGCCACGUUUACCCCUCGCCCCACCCUCUGGAAACCCUGAUCGCCGUGGUAACCACCUCCCACCUCCUCCAUCCUACACAGAGGAUAAUGAAAGUUUGGCAUCAUCCAAAAAAACCAACUUAAAAAAGAAUGGAGCUGUGAGCAGAGAGAGUUUGGUGGUGUGACACUACAGUGAGUACACAGGUGGAAAUGAUCCUUGUGUGCUUCAGCGAUGCAGCUUUGUGUGUUUUUUGUCAUGCAUGUCCCAUAUAAGUUUCAUGUUGUGCGAGUGUGUUUGGUGGCUGCUGAAUGCUGAGAUGAAUUUGCAUGUUAAUAUUCAAAUGCCUUGAAUUUGUAUGGGAUAUUUUAUAUAUAUAUAUGAAUUGUAUCACCACAAAUAGUUUAGACCAUCAUGUCUUUAACAGCCCUUGUAACUUGAAAUAACUGAUUCUAAAUAACCGAUGAACAUUUUACCUGGUUUAUUGCCCAUCAUGAACAUUUUUGAUGUUUUACUGUGCAAAUAUGUCUAGUUCUAUAUUUUAAAAGAUUUAGAUUUUUAAUAAAUGUUUGAUUAUGUCAUGAAAAAGAUGAACAAUAGCGCCUUCUCUGUUUCAGGUAUUUUUAUUAUUUAAAAUGUUAUUUUAAUGUAUUCUAAAGGAACAAUUUGCUCUUGAUAUAAACUAGAAUUAUGCUUUUUCGUGGCUGUAAUCUGAGAUAUGUAGUGCCUACAAAUGGGUGAUUGUGCACUAAUUUUGUAUUUUUAUAUCUUUUUUUAAAUGCAACAAAUUUACAAAGGCAACAUCUUGUUUGUAAUAACCUGUUAGUGUUUUAUGCAGUGUAAAUUGUUUGAAUAUAUAUAUAUAUAUAUAUAUAUAUAUAUAUAUAUAUAUAUAUAUAUAUAUAUAUAUAUUCCUUCAAAAUACUUAUAAUAUUAACUCCAAUAUCAGAUUCGGUUAUGUAGUUGUUUGCCAUUUUUAAUAUUUGUAGUCAUGUCAUAACCUCAUAGUUUAAUUA